GCGUCCUGGAGGCGCCGCCGCGGUGCCCCAGGGGGGCUGGUCGGUCUCUCUAGGAGCCAGAUUCAGCGGCCUGGAGGAACCAUGUCUCCUGCAGCUGUGGGUGCCCCCUGCUGUUCCAGGCGCUUGCCUCUGCACAAGAGACGCCCUUUGAAUUCUCUCUGAAUGUUGGGAGUAGGAAUGCUAGAGCUGCCUGCAGAGAAAGUUAUCCAAACGAGGAACAUGUAGGCGGAGGGCCUUGAGUCACCUCCCCCAGGAUGGACUUUCUGGUUCUCUUCAUGUUCUACUUGGCUUUAGUGCUGAUUGGUGGUGUUAUGAUCUGCAUCUGCUUAAAAACCCAGUACCUGAAAGGUGUGGUCAGAGGAGGCUCACAGAUAUUUUCUUAUGUAAUUCCAGAAUGCCUUCAGAGAGCCAUGCUAAGAUUGCUUCAUUACCUCUUCCAUACACGGAACCACACCUUCAUCGUGCUGCACCUCGCCUUGCAAGGGGCGGUUUACGCUGAAUACACCUGGGAGAUGCUUGGCUACUGUCAGGAGCUGGACUUCUCCCUGUCUUACCUUCUGCUGCCCUAUCUGCUGCUGAUUGCAAACCUGGUUUUUUUCACCCUGAGUUGUGUAACUGACCCUGGUACCAUAACAAAAGCAAACGAAUCAUUGUUUCUUCAAGUUUACGAAUUCGAUGAAGUGAUGUUCCUAAGGAAUGUGAGGUGCUCUACUUGUGAUUUAAGGAAACCAGCACGAUCCAAGCACUGCAGUGUGUGUAACCGGUGUGUACACCGUUUUGACCAUCACUGUGUUUGGGUGAACAACUGCAUCGGGGCCUGGAACGCCAGGUACUUCCUCAUCUACCUCCUGACGCUGACAGCGUCAGCUGCCACCAUGGCCAUUGUAACCACUGUGUUUCUGGUCCGGUUGGUAGUGUUGUCAGACUUGUACCUGGGGACUUAUGUUGAUGACCUUGGACACUCCCAGGUUAUUGACACCAUCUUUCUUAUUCAGUACCUGUUUCUGACCUUCCCAAGGAUUGUCUUCUUGCUGGGCUUUGUCAUGGUGCUGAGCUUCCUCCUGGGCGGCUUCCUGUGCUUUGCUCUAUACCUGGCUGCCACCAACCAGACUACGAACGAGUGGUGCAGAGGUGAUCAAGCCUGGUGCCAGCGUUGUCCGCAAGUGGCCGGGGCCCCAUCAGCAGAGCCCCGGGUCUACCGGAACAUUCACUCCCACGGACUUUGGAGCAACCUUGGAGAGAUCUUUUUACCUGCCGCUACACAUUUUGAGAGAAAGAAGAAAUGAAAAUGAGAAGAGUGUUAUUGCUUUUUAAAUAUAGUGUACAUUUA